AUAAUGCCGCGAGUUUUCCCAGACCAACAGAAGAAAUUUGAAUUAGACGAGGUUUUCAAGAAACUUUCACAAGAAUCAGACGUGAAAUACACUGGAUUUAAAGACAAACCACAUGAAGAAAGAAAACAACGUUUUGUACAAGAUCUCACAGAAGGCCAUUCUAUUAUAGUCAUUGUAUCAACUGGUACCAACUUGACACUACUGUUCUGUCGAAAUGCUCUUAGUGAAGACAGACCUAUGAUACAAGACCAACAAAAGAAAAACGUCGACUUUGAACUAGAACUAGGAAAAGUACAUUUGUGUUCAUCUUUUAUUAUGAAUGGUGUAUGCGUUAAGUGGAUCGGAUGGAUUGACUUAGAAACACUUAGUGGUAAAGCCAAGCUUCUCUUUGACGACCACAAUGCUAAAAUAGAGGACGAGAUAAUGCGACAAGUGAUGAAAAGAAAACACAAGAUAGAGUAA